GGCUGACAUAUUACUAUACCGGCUCGUUAGAAGGCCAGGAGGCCAUAUAUACAUCGCCCGCAUUGUCAAAUCACAUCCUGCUUCGAAGGCCUGUUAUCCUGUACAUCGCAGUUCGAUCAUCGCUUCUCCCAUCCUCCAACCGCUAUCCUAUUCUAUCGAGAUGCCCUUCGGAACCAGGACUUUGAACGACGGCAGGAAGAUCCCCGAGAUCGGGUUUGGGACCUGGAAGAUCCCCCAAGAUGCUUGUAACGGCCAGGUCACCCAGGGUAUCGAGGUCGGGUUCGACCACAUUGACACUGCUCAAGCAUACCAGAACGAAGAGCAGACUGGGCAGGCUAUCGCUGCGGCCGGUUUGAAGAGAGAGGAACUUUGGGUCACUACCAAGUUCAGCGGAAGGCUCGGUACCGGUGCGUCUGCCGUCCGCAAGUCGUGCCUCGAGUCGCUCCAGAAGCUCGGACUCGACUACAUCGACCUCUACCUGAUUCAUUCACCUCGGCUCUGCGACGGUGAUAUUCGAGGGACCUGGAAGGAGAUGGAGAAGCUCAAGAAGGAGGGUCUGGUCAAGUCGAUCGGGGUUUCCAACUUUGAGAUCAAGGACCUCAAGGUCUUGCUCAAGCACGCCGACAUCAAGCCUGUGGUAAACCAGAUCUUGUACCACCCCUACGUCUCGGCCUCGACCCAACCCCUGAUCGAUUUCCAGGACGACCAUGACAUUGCCUUCGAGGGCUAUUCAGGUCUGAUCCCGCUCACCGGACGUCAGGGCGGACCGGUCGACAAGCCUGUCGAUGAGAUCGCCAAGCGAUUAGGUUUGCAGCCCGAGCAAGUCUUGCUGGCUUGGAGCAGGGCCAAGGGCGCGAUCAUCGUGACCACCUCUUCGCGAUCCGAACGAUUGACCCGUUACCUCGGCGUCGGCGACGUCAAGCUCACGGACGAGGACAUUCACUCGAUCGACAAGGCCGGGAGGAAGGGCGAGGAGAAGGAAAAGGUCUGGCAGAUGUGCAAGACCGCCGGCAAGGUCGUCCUGCUCGGUGGAUUGGGUGUCUAUGGGUUGGCCAAGUACGUCUUGUAAUGGGCGACUUGACUGGCUCUUAGCUUGAAGUCUCGUAUGUUUGUAUGCGAUUGCGAAACAAGAUUGUAUGGAAGACAAGUGGCUGUAUUCUGAAACGUUGAAAUGUCGAUCGAACCGAUCGUGAUUGAGUUUCCCGAUCCGGUAACCGAAAAGAAGGUGGUCGAUACGAAACCGAAAUGAAAGAAGGUAAGUCUAUGAUUUGGGGGUUCG